AUGGUGGACACCAUCCACAAGGAUGCCGCUCCAAUUCUCUCAUCUACGAACUCCAAGGAAGUCCCAGAUUCGUAUAUAAUCGUCUUCAAGAAGAACGUUUCCCCCUCUUCCGCUGCUGCUCAUCACCUCUGGGUCCAAGACCUGCACACGACCACGAUGGCCAAGCGAUCGCUUCGCAAACGCAACCAAUUUCCCUUCAAAAACGAUGUUUUUGAUGGCUUAAAACACACAUAUGACAUUGCUGGGGCACUGCUAGGCUACUCAGGCCAGUUCGACGAGGAGGUUAUCGAGCAAGUCCGGAGACAUCCAGACGUUCAAUACAUCGAGAAAGACUCUGAGGUCCAUGCUUUAGAAGAGCCAGUUACCCAAGCUAAUGCUCCAUGGGGUUUGGCUCGAGUUUCCCACCGCGACAGCCUGAGCUUUGGUACCUUCAACAAGUAUCUAUAUGCCGCACAUGGUGGCGAAGGUGUCGAUGUUUACGUCAUUGAUACCGGUACCAACACUGAGCAUGUCGACUUUGAAGGCCGUGCACACUGGGGAAAAACUAUACCCGCCGGCGAUGAAGACGUCGAUGGCAAUGGCCACGGAACUCAUUGCUCUGGCACAGUUGCCGGUAAGAAGUAUGGCGUUGCAAAAAAGGCCAACGUCUACGCCGUUAAAGUGCUCAGAUCGAACGGAUCGGGUACUAUGUCUGAUGUCGUAAAGGGAGUUGAAUGGGCUGCCACCAGCCAUGCUGAAAAUGUGUCCGCCGCUAAAGCCGGUAAAGGCAAGAAAGGCUUCAAGGGAAGUGCUGCUAACAUGAGCUUGGGAGGUGGAAAGUCUGUAACUCUCGACAUGGCCGUCAACGCUGCCGUCGACGCUGGUAUUCACUUCGCCGUGGCUGCCGGAAACGACAACGCUGAUUCCUGCAAUUACUCUCCUGCCGCUGCUGAGAACGCUGUCACUGUCGGCGCAUCAACGCUUGCUGAUGAGCGUGCCUACUUCUCUAACUACGGAAAGUGCAACGAUAUCUUUGCUCCAGGUCUGAAUAUCCUCUCCACUUGGAUUGGCAGCAAAUACGCCGUCAACACCAUUUCCGGAACUUCUAUGGCUUCUCCUCACGUCGCCGGUCUCUUGGCCUACUUCCUCUCUCUUCAACCUGAGAAGGAUUCCGCUUUCGCCGUUGAGGAAAUCACGCCUUCCAAGAUGAAGAAGAACAUGAUCUCUAUUGGAACUAAGAACGCUCUUAGCGAUAUUCCAACUAACACUGCUAAUAUUCUCGCCUGGAACGGUGGUGGUUCAUCCAACUACACAGAGAUUGUUCAAGAGGGUGGCUAUGAAGCCCAUACUCUUAGCGACAAGGCUGCUGAUUUAGUUGAGAAGAUCGAGAAGUUUGAGGAAUACGCCACCAAGGAACUUGGAGCCAUCUACAGCGAAAUCAAAGAUGCUUUUGCCAUCUAA